AUGUCAGCAGUUGUGGAAUCUAGUCCGGAAAUAACAGGUAAUUCGAAACUUUGGUUCUUUUCACAUAUAUUUUUUUUAAAAAUAAAGAAAUAUUUAUGUAGUUUACUCAAAUACCGGAUUCUUUUGUUUUAGGACCACAAAGAGAAGUCGUUUCAAUAUACAAUGAUGACUUUGCCACCCCGCUAUCCACACCUCAAUAUUUCAUCGAAGUUUAUCGCUGUGUUAAACUUGACUUUGGCGAAUGCUCUAGCAGUGGACCGUCUACGUACCCAGUUCCAAAAAGAACGGACGAAAUCGAGAUAGUGGUUCCGGAUAUAACGAACAAAGAUUCUAGCGAUAAAAAGAAGUUUUAUAAAUAUGUCGUUCAUAAUCACACGUCUUGUCAAUGUGGGAACUUAAAGUACGGGAAUGGUAGACUGUAUAAAACCAUAGCUAAUAACGAAGGUUAGUCCAACUUACACUAUUGGUCAGCCUUCGACUCAGUGACGUUUCACGUAAUUCAGGUCUCAGCUGCAAGGAAAGGUGAUUUUUACAUCGUAACUUUAAUCUGUAUGAAUUUUUCUUGCAGUGUCAGAGGCUUAUUUCAAAGCGAAGUUUUCGAAAAAUCCAGUCAAUCUGAUACGUUUGUGUAACGUUUGCAACAUCACGCAACCAAGAUACAAACUCCAUCCAAAACAUUUUAACGUUGUCUUACCAUAUAAAUAUCUGGCGUACCAACAGUGCUUACCUGGCUGCGUAGUGGUAAAAAACGAAACGUCUAACAAGCAAACUUCCAUGCUGUCCGGUAGUUCCGUUGGUGUCCCGCUUACAAAUGAUAUUUUAUGCAAGGCUUAUGACGGAGCUAAAACACAACAGCAAGGUAAAAGUCAUCCUCAGAAGCUCAAAAGCUCAUCCUCAGAAGCUCCAGUUGGAAACUCAAUUGAUCAAGGUAAGAAAUCAAGGGUCUGGUUUGUACUAGACAUGAAUUAUCCAUCCCGAUGAUUUUCGGGGAAGAAAAGAUAGUUCGUCUGAUAAUUUAACUCCAGACAAACACACCAAUCACUUGUUAAGACAAUCGUCGCUGUUACCAACCCAGACGAUUGGUCAGAUGGCGUAUUAGGGAAGGGGCAUAAUAGAGUGGGUUCAUUAGAGAGAGAAGCGUGUUAGAGAGGAAACUUAAUAGGUAGGGCAGAAUCCAUCUUGACGAAUGAAUCUCUUGUUUGCUGUAUUUGUACACAGGUAAACGUUCAGACGAUCUUUAUUUUCUUUGCUCAAGUUCGUUCAGAUUGAUCAUCUUUAACAAAUUGAACUUCCAGGACAAUUUAUAAAUCUAAUCAUUAGAAAUACGUUUUUCGGUUAUGCGGGCGGGGUCGAGGAAGCUUAAGAGAAGCGGAUCAUAUUGGCCAGAAGGCGUAUUAGAGUAGAGAGAGAAGCUUAUUAGAGAGGGAACUUAAUAAGGAGGGGACGUAUUAGAGAAGAUGCUCAAUAGGGAGGGGGGCUUAUUGGACGGGGGGAUUGAUAUAGAGGGUAUCAGAAUUUACGCAAUAGAGAAUUGAUAAUUAACAUGAAUUAUUAUGUUUCUGUUUAGAGCCAAAUUAUGAGAUUCUAGUUUACAUUGCUUCAGGCAAAGUUAUCCUCGCCGCCUUUCUACUGUCGUUGGUACUAUUUACUAUAUUGAUUAUGGACUUUACGCUUUGCUGUCGAAAGAAAGGAUUUCUUUACGAUUUGCUUGGUUGUAAAAGUGAUGACGCGGAUGAUUUUUGUCAACGUUGCAGCAAACGAAAUAGAAACGAGAUUACAGUGUAAAACAUAAGUAAGUACGAAGACCUGGUUCACACGUCGAACUUUUCUUGUGCCGAGCCAAGGAGCUGGAACAAUGAGAUUAAGUCAUUAACGUUAGCUUCGGCGCAUGAUUAAACUUGCUUACAUAGGCCUAUUGUAAACUACAACCCUAGAACUCAUGUAGAAAUGAAAAUUCUAGUCAAAAUCUUCAUGUUUUGUGUAUGAAUAUAUUUCUCUUAUUUGUAUGUAGUAUAGCUUAUAUAUUAGUUUAUUAUUGUAAUAUAGAUUUUUAUCAUUGUUAACUAUAGAGAUUAUUUAAAUCGUAUACUCUUAAUUAACGCCUAUGCCUGGCUCGGAUGAAUGGUAUAUAUUUAAUUCGAGUUCUUUUAAUUGUAUAAUUAAUUUUCAAGAUUAAAGAAUGUUUUUUAAAUCGUACCGUGUCUCUCUCUCAUUAUUCAUUAUCAAGACAUGCAUGGCAAACCACUGACAGAAAAUCAUGACCGUGCAUGAAUGAAGGAGCUUGUACCUCUGAUACUAAAUAGCUUGCUCAGUUACAAAAACCUCACAACUCACAAAAUAUUAAACAGCAAUAUGGAAUUGAGAUCAUAAAACUGAUAGCUGAUAGACAUAGCCUACGCCUUGCCCCCAUGAAUCUUAGCUGACAAAUCACAUGCAAUUUUUUUUAGGAAUUUUUAAGGCCGAUCAAUUUUAGAGGUAUGAAAAUUAAAUAUUUAAAAUAUUCCUCUACCACCCCCGAUCAUGUAUAUAUGUGCUUAUUUUUCACCCUGCUCGGUUUCCUUUGUUCUUAGCGGGGAAUAUAUCCAAUAUUCCCCUCUAAUCAAUUUCCGUUUAAUAAUCCCCUCUAAUAUUCACCUGCAAUGUCUUUGCAGCACAAAAAUUAAGAAAAAACAACAUAACGAAGGCAAUAUGUGACGUCGUUGGAAUCCAGCAACAAGUUCUUGGGAACAGCAAUUACCAAUAGAACUGAAAAGCAAUUGCUUGUCAUUAAACGCAUUUAAAACCUUGCUUCGGGACAGACCACAACAUAAUACUUAAGUCUUAUCAUAUUAUGUGGUGUACUGUGUAAUAUGUAAUGUGUAAUAUAUAAUGUGUAAUGUGUAAUGUGUAAUGUGUAAUGUGUAAUUUGUAACUAUAUACUAAUUGUAAUUAUUAACCCAAACUAUUUUUGUAAAUAUGUAUUGUGCAACGGCCUCUUGGAAAACAGCUCGUAUCUAUGCUGAACGGCUACCGUUGUUUUUAAAGAAGAUAAAAUAAUAAUAAUAAUAAUAAUUGCAAAAUCGAACCAAUCGCAAACAGCCUAUUUCCUGCCUCGUACCCAGGCGCUUUAGAAGGAAAAAUAUAAUCGCGCUAAGCUACUAUAUACAGAUCAGGGCAAGCGCGCAGGGGUGUUUGGGGAGGAGGACGCGACCGGAAAAGGAAAGUUCGUUUCCAGUUCGUUCAAAAGGUCAAUAUUGAAAUUCUUGUAACAUGUAGUCAGUGUCAUCAUGUCGCAAACUUUUGCCUUUGCAAUGUUUUCAUUGCUUCAAUUCGGCGGGCGAAGGAGCGCAAAACAAACAAUUAAACAAAAAUUUCGGAUGAAAAAAGGUAAUAAAAACUAUUCAAAAUAGACCAGAAAAGCGAAGGUUUUCGUCAAGCUUUUUUGUUGUCGAACAUAAAAAUGACAGAAGAUCCUCGAUACUGUUCCGAUGAGUAGACAACUCUAGUGGUCUUUUCAUUUUGAUUAAACUAGGUCUUUUUUAAGGUUAUUAAUCGUCUUUGACAGAUGCCUCGAUGUUUUCAAACUAUUGUGAUUUUGUAAAAUGGUCUAUUUGAACAUACCGACUUUGGAUACAGGUAUAUGUUAUAAAUAACUCGUUUCUACUUUGUAGAUGCGAGUAAUCGCGAUCCUGAAGAAAUGGUGGAAGCUACAAUAAAAUUUGAUGGAUCACUUGGUAUUGCAUUCUUGUGGAAAGACGAAGUGAUGGUGACAAGUGGACAACAACUGGAUUCAGACCAAGCAAUGUGGGCGAAACAAUGGAUCAAAGAUCACUGUAAUCUGACCGAGUUUCAAGCAGGAUACACGUACCUCUUUGAAAUUAUCUUCCUGAACAACACCGUGGUUGUCAACUAUCUAUUUGAAGGUCUUGUCUUGCUUGCUAUCACUGAUGAAAGUGGUCAUGAGUUACCUUACGAAGAAGUGUUGGAUUGUGCUAGAACCAUCGGAUUCUUCAUGGUAACACCACGGAUUACUGGUCCGUAUUCAGAAGUAUUGUGGUACUGUGGUGGAAUUGAACACAGUGAAGAGUCAGUCACUCCAAACUGGCCGCCAUUUACUUCUGGGGAUUUGUCAGUAAAUAAAAAACGACAAGAAGGAUGGGUUGUAAGGUUCAACGACGGGAGCAGACAGAAGAUUGUUUGCCGAUGGUGGAAGAAUGCGUCGAGUCUUGGUCAUCUUGUUCACCCUCAG